UCCUCAGUUCCUCACUAAUUUCUCCGACAGUAAACUGCAGGAAAAAAUCGAGAGCAUGGGCGCCGAUUCUUCGCUUUCCGGUGCCGUUAAUGUCAAAGUCAAAGAGAAGCAGAUUUGGUCGGCUACGCCAUCUCAUAUUCUUUCUCACUUCGGCACAAGCGGACUUGCUGUUGCAGUUGCAACUGGUGUCACUCAUCCUUUAGAUGUACUCAAAGUUAGGCUGCAAAUGCAACUUGUUGGUCAGAGGGGUCCUUUGACUGGAAUGGGACAAUUAUUUGUUCAAAUGUUGAAAAAUGAAGGCCCAAAGUCUUUGUAUCUGGGAUUGACACCUGCACUGGCAAGAUCACUUUUGUAUGGUGGUCUACGUUUGGGCUUGUAUGAGCCCUCAAAGUAUGCCUGCGAUUGGGCAUUUGGGUCCACCAAUAUCUUGGUUAAGAUUGCAUCUGGAGCAUUUUCUGGUGCGACUGCAACUGCACUAACUAAUCCAACUGAAGUUCUGAAGGUACGGCUGCAAAUGAGCUCUAACACGAGCCUUGGACCAAUUGCAGAAAUGCAGAGACUCAUUUCCGAAGAAGGAAUAAGAGCUCUGUGGAAAGGGGUCGGCCCUGCUAUGGCCAGAGCUGCUGCUUUGACUGCCUCGCAGCUUGCAACGUACGAUGAAUCCAAGCGGAUUUUGAUUAGGUGGACACCUCUUGAAGAAGGAUUUCAUCUGCAUUUGAUGCUUGGUGAGUACCCUUAUAACUGCACCUGUGGACAUGGUCAAAACCCGUCUCAUGUUGCAACGGGAAUCCAGGACAGUUGGAAGCUAUAAAAAUGGAUUUCAUUGUGCAUACCAGGUCAUGCGUACAGAAGGCCUAAGGGCACUUUAUAAAGGGUGAUGAUCUAUUAAAGCCUUUACUCAAUGACUUACUAGUUAAUGGUUUAAAUUUAUUACCAUGUUUACUUCAGUGCAUUCUCCAAAGAAUUCUGGUUACUGAGGGCGGAGUUACUGUUCUGAAAUAUUUCUGAUGUAUUUGCAUCUUUUAACAGGUUAUUUUCUUUUUUUCAUUUCAGUUAAUGUUAAAGUUCAUGGUUUUGAACAGUUUCCACUAAAAUUUUUGUAGGGGCUUUGCCGUUUUCGCAAGAUUGGGUCCACAAAGUACAAUCACCUUUAUCCUCUGUGAGAAGCUACGCAAGCUUGCUGGAUUGGAUGCUAUGUAGUGGUGGGAUUGUCUAUUUGCAGUCACCCACAGGCCACAAUAGUUGACCAUAAAGCCUUUUUUUGAUAUGCCAGAGAGCUUCCAUCAUAACCAGCAAAUGCCAACUAAGGGAAUUUAUUUUAGUUCGCUUUUCUAUUAAUUCUUUGGUGGUUAGGACUGCCACUCCCUUUUAGGAAAACCAAUAUUUAGUUGGCUUCUUAUAGUAGGGGUGUAACAUUUUUUUUUUUUUCUGGCUCUGGUCAGGUAUAACUAUAAAAAUUUUUGUUUUGUUAAAUUUACAGUCAUAUUACUUGUCACUUUUGUAUCAUUUUAAAAGAAUCAACGAAAACAUGCAACCUUCUGCUGGUCUAACUUAAACCAUCUUGUAUUACAGGCAUGACUGUGUCAAUAAUGGCAUUGCUGUUUAUUUGGUUUUGGCAAAAGUACGUAAGUCUCUCGUUUGUUUAUGUACUGAUGCUCUACUUUGUCUUUUCUCCUUAUCCAUGGGGAUUUAUUUAGUGAUAAAUAUUAGUCAAGAAAUUUCUGAUUGACAUUACAGAAGAUGGAAGGGUAUGAAGGAGCAUGUGAAACGUGGACUUGCUGUUAUGUGUUUGACCGAUGCUCACUUGAUUAGAGAUUUAGGUACAACCAACUAUCAUUUGACUUUAAGAAAAUUUCUUAAACCACACUCUUACCUCUUAAAAUGAAGGUUACUGAUUGAACUGCGUCUUUGUUAUAUGAUUAUAUCAGUGUGCAGCCUCUGUCAUAUAU